AUGAGUUCUUUACCUAGUAGAGACCUUGGAGGUUCUGCUUCACGUGCACAAAAUGGUGAGGAACGUAAGCAAAUGUGCAAGUGGUCAACAGCUGAAGACCUGGUACUCAUCAGUGCAUGGUUGAACACCUCCAAGGAUCCACUAGUUGGAAAUGAGCAAAGAGCAGGAACCUUUUGGAAGAGGAUUGCCGCUUAUUAUAAUGCAAGUCCCAAGGUGAUUGGUUUGGCUAAGAGAGAGCAAAGCCACUGUAACCAAAGGUGGGGGAAGAUAAAUGAGGGUGUCUGUAAGUUCGUGGGUUCAUAUGACGCUGCAACAAAACAGAGGACCAGUGGCCAGAGUGAAGAUGAUGUUCUGAAGGCUGCACAUGAAAUUUUCUUUAACGAUUACAAGGUGAAGUUCUCGUUAGAGCAUGCCUGGAGGGAGCUUAGGAAUGAUCAGAAAUGGUGUGGGGCUUAUGGAAGUAGUCAACAAAGCUCUGGUUCAAAAAGAAAGAGGGUGGGGGAAGAACAAUCUUUUCAGUCAUCAGCAUCUAUGCCCAGUGUCAAUGGAGAGGAUGAACCAAUGGCUAGGCCUAUGGGUGUUAAGGCAGCAAAGACGAAGGCUAAAAGGCCAAUGGGAGAAGAAGGGAAGAAUCUGCAAGAGUUGCGGCAAAUGUGGGAGAUAAAGGCGAAGGACUUAAUUAUGAAGGAUAAGCUUAGCAAGACCAAACUGCUUGACAGUUUGCUUGCAAAAACAGAGCCACUUAGUGAAUUAGAAGUGGCACUUAAGAACAAACUGAUUACUGAAAUAUUGUCAAUGUAAUCGUUUAAAAUAUAAGUAGAUCAAUGUUAGUCAAUUAGUAGUCUUUGUGAUAAAUGUUAUCAAUCUUGCUUAGAAAUAUAAGUUGAUGUGUAAUAUAAUAAUCUUUGUGAUCAAUGUUAUCAGUCUUUUAAAUAUAAGUUGAUGGUUUUACUUUUUUGUUUUU